CCAAACACCAACUUAAGCCAUUUCCCAUUCUUUUUCUCCUUCAAAGCUGUCAGUUCCACGCCAGUGGAUACCAGAAACCACAAUGAAGAAAUGGUGACUCGCUGCAUCAUUGAGGUCCUCUCAAAUGCCCUGUCGAAGUCCAACACUCCACCCAUCACCCCUGAGUGCCGACAAGUCCUGAAGAAGAGUGGAAAAGAGAUCAAAGACAAAGACAAAAGUGAAAAUGAAAACACAAAGUUUGAAGUGAGAUUGUUAAGAGACCCAGUUGAGGCCUCGGAAGCCCACAGGCCCUCCAGCAAGGAGGAGGCAGGAGCCCCAGGAGAGGAGGACACGCAGGGCCUGACACAGGCAGACACAGAGACAUGGGCAGAGGGAGGUGGGCACAGCCGAGAGGGAGCAGGCGAGCCCCAGGGGAGCCUCUACCCCUCUGACGGUCAAGUCUCCAAAGAAGCAAAGACACACCAUUCUGAGGAGAGCAAGGCAGAGGACAGGGAGGAGGUGGAGGGAGAGAAGUAUGAGAAAGUGGAGCAUGGGGAAGAUGGCAGCAAAGAGAAACACCUUGAAGAGCCAGGAGAGACACAAAACGCUUUUCUCAACAAAAGAAACCAGGCUUCAGCGAAGAAAAAAGAGGAGUUGGUGGCCAGAUCCGAUACACACUCUGCCAGGCGCUCUGAGAAGACACAUAGCCAGGAAGAGAGUAGCCAGGAGAGUAGAGAGGAGACGAGGAGUCAGGAGAAACACCCCCAAGAGUCUAAGGGCCAACCCCAAAGCCAGGAGGAGUCUGAGGAAAGUGAGGAAGACACUAUGUCUGAGGUGGCCAAACGACGCAUGAGGCCCAGGCACCACCACGGGAGGAGCAGACCCGACAGGUCCUCUCAAGAAGGGAAUCUUCCCUCCAAGGAAAGGGGAUACCCCUUGGAGGAACCUGAGGAGUCAAACGUGGGCAUGGCCCGUUUAGGGGAAAAGAGAGACCACCCUUCAACGCAUUCCAGGGCUUCAGAAGAAGAACCAGAAUAUGUGGAAGAAGCAAGGAGUUAUCCAGGUGUCCAGGCUCCCGAGGAUCUGGAGAGGGGACGAUAUGGGGGCAGAGGAAGUGAGGCGUACAGGGCUCCAAGGCCUCAUGGUGAGGAGAGUCAGGACGAGGAGGACAAGAGGGACCGUCCCAGCUCAGAGCUUGACAAUAUGGCACAUGGAUAUAGUGAAGACAGUGAGGAAGAGAUGGGCCAUGAAGGGGGAAAAGGACACCAUCAGAGAGGCAGGGGAGGGAAGCCAGGUGCCUAUUCCACACCUGACACCAGAGAAGAGAAAAGGCUCUUGGGUGAGGGAUACCACCGCGCUCAAGAAAGCCAGCUGGACAAGGCAAGGAGACGCCCACCAGGUGAGUGGAAAGAGCUGGACAGACCUUACCUCAACUACGGCGAGGAAGGAGCCCAGGGGAGAUGGCAGCAGCAGGAAAACUUGCAAGAUACUCAAGAAAAUAGGGAGGAAACUAGGCUUCAAGACAGACAAUACGCCCCCCAUCACAUCACUGAGAAGAGGAAGCGAUUAGGGGAGCUGUUCAACCCGUACUAUGACCCCCUCCAGUGGAAGAGCAGCCGUUUUGAGAGAAAAGACAACAUGGCUGACAAUUUUCUCGAGGAUGAAGAGGAAAAUGGGCUGAACUUGAAUGAGAAGAAUUUCUUCCCGGAAUACAACUAUGACUGGUGGGAGAAAAAGCCCUUCUCGGAGGAUGUGAACUGGGGCUACGAGAAGAGAAACCUCGCCAGGACCCCCACGCUGGAUCUGAAAAGGCAGUACGACAGAGUGGCUGAACUGGACCAGCUCCUUCACUACAGGAAGAAGUCAGCCGAAUUCCCAGAUUUCUACGAUGCUGAGGAGCCAAUGAGCCCACGGCACGAGGCAGAAAAUGAAAAGGACAGGGCUGACCAGAGAGUUAUGACAGAGGAAGAGGAAAAAGAACUUGAAAACUUGGCUGCAAUGGAUUUGGAACUACAGAAAAUAGCUGAGAAGUUCAGCAAAAGGGGCUAAUGGUUGUUGGAGCAACGGGCAGUUUUAAGAAGCAGCCCUCAUGUUGCCUAUUUUCCACUACUUCACGGAAAGACACCAUUUAUUUACCCAAAGGCAGAAAGUAGAAUUCAUUAUUCAUUACAUGUUUGACACAAUUGGAAAUGUCUUUAUUUUUUGCCAGAAUGCUAUUGGUAAUAUGAAUAGCAUGACUUGUAGUAUAUUCUUUCUUGCAAGAUAGACAUAUUAACAUGCUUGUGACAAUGACUGUGCUCCUGUCUUUGAAAAAAAUGUUUGUCUCGGUUUGAAAUAAUAAAAGAUUCACCUGAGACCAAAA